AAGAAGAUAAUGAGGGAGAACUUAAAUGUGCCUUUUUGGAAACUGAUGGCAACAAUAAAAGUAAAUGGUCCACUGAAGGAUGUUCCCUUUAUACAGUAGACUCAAACAAAACAAACGUAACAUGCCACUGUACCCAUUUAAGCAGCUUUGCUGUUCUACUGGCACUGACUGAUAUUGACAACAGACCACUGACCAUAAUUUCAUAUAUUGGACUUACCUUCUCAAUCAUCUGCUUGGUUUUUACAAUCCUGACAUUUUGGAAGUGUCGUUCAGCUAAAAAUGCAGGUACAACCCUGCUUCUCAACCUCUGUGCCUGCCUGCUUGUGGCAGAUGUUAUUUUCAUAUUCGGCAUCUCUCAGACCAAGAAUGAGAUCCUCUGUAAAGUUAUCGCAGGUUUUCUACAUUACUUCUUCUUAGCUUCCUUCUUUUGGAUGUACCUGGGUGCAUUGCAGCUCCAUCUUAUGGCACAAAAUCUUAAGGCAGUCAAGGCCUUCAAAUCUCACAUCAUUCCAGGGAAAUUCAUGUAUCCUGUUGGCUAUGGGAUACCUGCUAUAAUUGUUAUGGUUUCUGCCUGCGUUUAUCCUGGUGGAUAUGGAACACAGAAUGCAUGCUGGCUGAAUCUGAACCAAGAAUUUCGAUGGAGUUUCAUAGGACCAGUAUGUUUUGUUAUCAUGAUAAACCUAAUCCUCUUUAUUAUAACUAUUAACAUGUUGCAAGAAAAACUUUCGUCAGUCAAUAAGGACGUUUCAACCAUCAACAACACAAGGGUCCUUCUGUUUAAGGCUGUUUCUCAGUUCCUUGUUCUGGGUUGCACAUGGAUAUUGGGCAUCUUUCAAAUUCAAAAGGAGACCCUUGUGAUGGCAUAUAUUUUCACAAUAUUGAACAGUUUCCAUGGAGUUUUUAUGUUUCUGCUCUACUGUCUGUCAAACAAACAGGUAGUGGAUGAGUACAAGACUUGGCUAAGGAAACAGUUCAAUAAGAUUAGGAAAGGACGUGAAUUUGAAAUCAGCACAACUACCGCUGCUACAGUAUCUACAUGGACAUCACAAUCUCAAAUAUCAACAGAAAAGUAUAACAUCGACAGGAUCAUAUAG